CAACGCGAUACAACACUAACGAGUCCCAGCAAAAGAGCAAAUUGAGUACCAGUAAAAGUGAAAUCCCAGAAAAAGAGCAAAACAAAACACCAAAAAAGCAAAUCAAAGCACAAAAAGAGCAAAGCAAAGCACCAAAAAGCAAAGCAUCAGAAAGGCAGGGCAGUAGCAAAUCAGAGCACCAGCAAAACGAAGUCCUAGCAAAAAAGCAAACACCAGAAAAGUAA